AUGGCAAAAUUAAUAAGCAUAUUUUGUUGCUUUUUUAUUUUUUACAGCAAAGUUAACUGCAAAAAUGAAACAUAUAACUUCCUUCUGUUCACUCAAAGAUGGGCUCCAGGCGCAUGCAAGGAAUGGCUGGAUAUGAACGAAACAAACUCUUGCUACGACGUCCCACACACCCACUGGACUAUCCACGGAUUGUGGCCGGAGUGGAACAUAUACUGCAAUGAUAAUCCUUUGGACAUGUCGCAGCUAUUGAAUUUCGAAGAACUUCUAACUCAGCUAUGGCCUACGACUAGAAACUUAACCAAUCAGCUUUUCAACGACUGCGUGACAUUUUGGAGUCACGAGUGGGAAAAGCAUGGCACUUGCGCCAUGGCGCUUCCACAAUUUAACACGAUUAAUAAAUAUUUUUUGCAAAAUUUAUCGUGGAACUUGGAGUACGAUGUGUAUACAUCCUUGGAAAUUAAUGGUAUUACUCCAGAUAGUAAUCGUGGAUAUAAAUUCGCCGAUAUUCGAACGGCCCUCAUCAAUUCUUUUGGUAAAAUUCCCGAUAUUAUUUGCACCACCGACAAUUUAAUUAAUGAAGUUAGGUUGUGCUUUGAUUUGGAAUCCAAUUUAAUUGAUUGUACCGUAAUUCAAUCAAAUUGUAACAUAGAUAAGGAUGUAUUGUAUAGAUAA